AUGAGAAAGAGUGUUUCAAAACGUAAAACUCGUUUGCCUCAACAAAAACAACAGCAAACAACAAAAAAAUGUUUGAAAUCAACAAAUGAAAAUGUCGAUUGUCAGUACGAUAUUUGUAACGAUCAACAACAACAGUAUCCACUUCAUUAUUAUCACGGCGUCGAUGAUCCUUCUAAUACGGGCAAUAGUCGACAUUGUGGUAAUGAUACUGGACGUACAAAAUUACUACUUGCACGUCACGCACAAUUAGUUAAUACAAUUAUCGGGCAUCAAAAUGAAUCAUCAUCGUGUAAUCAUCAUUAUAUGCCGAGUACACCUCGUAUUCAACCUCCACCACCUUUACCGCCACCACCACCAUUACCACCAAAAACUGAUUUAUUUAAUAGUAGUGCAUCGGUAGCUGUUAGUAAUCGUAAUUAUUAUGGGACAUUAGCGACAUGUAGUCCACGUCGAGAAUGUUGUAUUCAAUAUCCAACUACAAACUCAUCAUCAUCAAACAAUGAUAAAAAUAUGAAUAGUUGGUCAACAUCAUCGAAACAACGAACGAGAAUUAAAACAAAUCCAUGGAUUAAUAGUCCAAAAUGGUUUCGAGAAACACCAUCGACAUGUUUGUGUCCAACAACUGUCGAUUAUUGUCUUUAUGAUCCUUUAUCAAGUAUUAAUAAUUUAACACACUCAGAAUCGUAUCCAAAAACCAUUCUUGAACAAAUACAACAAACAAAUAAACAACAACAAGACACUCCGCCAAUAAUCACAGUAAAUCCUAAAGUAACAACUGUCUUACAUCAAAGUGAUAGUGGUCAUGGAUUUUCAUUAAGUUCGAUUGGUGAAAUUAGUUCAUCAUCUUCAUCUUCGUCACCAAGUUCAAAUGUCGUAGAUAAUUCAAUAUCAUCUUUAACAUCGUCAUCGAGUGGUGAAAAAAAAAUUGUCACACCUAAUAUUCGUAUACAACGUAAAACAAAUUUGAAUAAGUUAGAAUCAGCAGCAAUUAUUGUUAAAAAUCAACCAGAUAGAAACGAGGUGAGAAUUAAAACGGCUGUAACACCACCAACAAGUCGAAUUAUCAAUGAACGAAAAAAAAUUACAUCAAAAGAGAAAGGAUUUGUUCGAUCUUCCUUUGAUCAAACGCCAACUACUCGUCCACAACAUCGAGCAUCAAGUAUGUUUCCUACGGUAUCGAUCAGCGAUCCUAUCAUUCGUUCACGUUCAUCUUCCAGUCACUCUGUUCAUGAUCAUUUUUCAUUACAAUUUGAAGAAAUUGUUGAACAAUGUUCAUCAACUAAUAAUAAUAAUAAUAAUACUAAUAAUAAUAAUAAUAAACGUUUAUCACAGCAACGAAAUAUCGUUCAAACUCCACCAAUACCCGGUCCAUUUAUUUUACCAUUAAGUCUUGAUAAUGAAUCUGUUCUUUCUCCAUUAUCAACAACUUUAACAAAAUCGACUAAUUCACGUGCCAUUUUAAAACAUAUUCAAGAUAUUGAAAAUGAAAUACGUUUAAUGAAAAAUAUAGAUAAACCAGAACUAGAACAAGAAGAAGAAUCACCAUAUUCCAUUUUAGAUCUUAAUAAUAAUGAUGAUCGACGAAAUACAAUUUAUGAACAAGUGGAUUUAUGGGUAGAAAAAUGUUUACAAACACAAGAAAUAGAUACUAAUAUUUCUCACAAUGAUUCUACACGAUUAUCUGAUACAAUUAAAGAUUUUGUUUUAUUCGUAUGUUCUGAUAAUGAAGAUGAAAAUAAAAAUACAAAAAAAGUUUCAACAUCACAAAUAGAAUCAAAUUCUAAAUUAAUGACAGCAUUUUAUUUAAGUUCAACACCAAAAGAAACAAUAUUAUCUGUUGAUAAUGAACAAAUUGAAAAUGAAAAAGAAUAUGUAUUACUAAAAAAAGAUUCAGGAAAAUUACCAAAACGAACAAUAUCAAUGAUUGAACAUGAUUCACCAUUACAAACACGUACUCCUAAGCAGACAAUAAUACAACAACGACUACGACAGAAACCGAACAGUUCGUUAGUAACUGAUACAAGGUGUAAAUCUAUGCAUGAAUGUCCAUUUUAA